AUCUCGACAAGUGCGCCUAUGCAGUACCUGAAACAAAACACUAACUGGAUCUUGAACUUUCUGAGCACACAAAAAAAAUUUGUACCGGCAAAUGUACAAAUAGAAGAGAUCGUUCCCUCUCCAAUGACCAGCCCAUUAGAAACACCAGACCAUGCUUACCUAGUCAUUUCAGACGAUAAACAUAGUAUCAGGGCGAAACUUCUCAAUGAAGCCAUACGCAAAAUAGAAAGUACACAAUCGCAUUUGUCGGUUGAACAAUUAAAAUAUGGAUUCAUGUCCCUCAUCGACUACAGCAUCGGUCUCACGGAAGAACAAACCAUGCUGAUCCUCUAUAUCAAGGAGGUUAACUACUUGGGUGGGGAAGAAAUAGACUGCUUCAUAUCUGAAAGAAAAAGCAUAGAAGAUACUGACGCAUAUCAAAAGUGCUUCAAAAUCUUUUUGAUCACCCAAAAUCUCGAGCACUUCAUAAAUCCUCCGGCAUCUGAGAUGGCUAUCUUGAAAAAAAUUCCAGGCUGGAACGAAGCAGAAACGUCCCAAAGUUCAGAACAAACUAUCAAGGAAGACAAGGUAGACGACGGUGUGCAAGAAUCAACCAAUUCAAAAGAACCAUCCCAAUGCUCUCAGUACGAGGUAAUCGAUAUGGAAGAGGAAUCAAACAGCGACGAAGAAAUGCACAGAAACAAUGACGUCCAUCACGAAAGAAAAUGCACAAAAGACGACAGCCAGGCACAAAAACUACCGUGCAACACACAAGCGCCACCCGCACAAUUCAAUCACCUGUACAAUGAAUCACCGAAAAACUCGGAGUGGGCAUACGCGCCUCAAAAACUCGAGGAUAACUCGAACACUUCCUCAAGCGAUGCGGGCAAGCAAGCCGAGUCCGAAUCUUCUUUUUUAUCAGAGAAGGUUGUAGUAGGCCCUUUAUACGAAGAACGAGAAUACUCCGACCGAUUCUUGUCAUCCCCAGAAGAAGGAGGCACAUCGUCGGAGUGGUACAAAAAUGAAUGGCUGCAAAAUAACGGCUCGAAGAAAAUGAACAGGUUGAAAAAAAAAUAUUCGAAAGAAAUCGAAACGAAAAAACCACGAGUGUCAACUACGGACGACAUCGUCAGAAAAAAAACGCGCGACUCGAAAGACUCCUCCACAACAGAAACUGAAAAGACAACAAGAAAAAAAAGAACGAACAAGUUUGGGUAUCAGUAUCUUCUAGACGCCAUCCUAUCAGUGAUCAAACGGUCAAAAAAAAUGUAAAUCGCAUAUUUUUUCUUG